AUGACCGACCAAGAUCCGAGCCCACCCCUGCUGGAACUUGCACAGCAGGUGCUUGCCGACUGCAAGAUCAUAACUGAUCACCUGGCGCGGAAUGGUCUUCCUUCGCCGUCCCUCGCGGCCGACGCGUACCCUUUCUUCCCUGGCACGGGACCUCCCGGUGUUGACACCUUCCCGCGGCUGAGCGACGACAUCAGAGCGGCGAGGACGCGGCUCCGAGUCGCGGCUGCAAGCCUCGCGCAGCUGGCUGCUGGGCCUGCAGAUGCGGCGAUGACCUGCCUGAUCGGCCACUGGAUGACAGCUUGCCUUCAAUACAUCUAUCACUUUCGCUUGGCCGAGCAUGUCCCUGUGGACGGGGACAUCAGCUAUAAAUACCUUGCUGCCAAGGCUGGAGUAGUUCCAAAUCAAUGCGCGCGCGUGCUCAAGUUCGUGGCUACCGAGGGUUUCUUCCACCAGACGAGACCGGGCCAUGGCGCCCACACCGCCCUGUCCAAAAUGUUGCUGAUGCCCGACUUCAGGGACACAGUCGGGUAUGUCACGGAAGAGUCAUUCGCGGGCGGGCCAAAGAUGGUCGAGGCCGCAGAGAAGUACCCGGGAAGUGGGGGGAAAGAACGAGACGUGCUGGAACCUGGGCCACAACGCUGA